CUUCAGAAGUUGAAUCUGAGAACUUCAUAUUGACCAACACUUGUUAGAGCCGUGGGAAAAUACUUAGACCUACGAGAAUAUUUCUGAAAAUCCUCAUAUACGAUUAUUUGACUGUCUCACGCAUUGUUGCCUGGAUAUCAGUACUAGCCUAAAUACCAAAACAUUUUGGAAUUUUUCUUCCCGGGGAGUUGAACAUCGUCCAGGUGGUUUGGGAACACCCUCCUUCCCAAGGGGUGUGUGUGAGAACUCGUCCCGAGAUGCGUUCACUUCUGCCGGUUACUGUGUAUUGCAUCAGCCUACUUUCCCUCCAGCAGCUCCUGGCUCUCCCGGUCGCAGACCGUCUGGAGAGAAACAGGUUGGAGCUGCUUAAGAAGCUUCAUGCGCUGAGCGAGGAGGAGAUCUUCACUCCAGAAACUGGCACCGAACUCGCCAGCCCAACAGACUCCAGCCCUUCAUCAGACCUCCAGUCCUCCAUCAGAUCUCCAAAAUGGCUGCCUGGAUACCUCCGCAGAGACACACCACCCACUGUCAUGAACACAGCCCAUCUUGAAGCUCUGGUGCAGGUGAGGCGUGAGGAGGGCGUGGAGCCACAACGGACGGGGUCAAGAGGUCGUCGCCAUGCCCACUCAGGGUCGCGUGGGGGUCACCACCACCCCCAGCUGAUGAGAGUGGGGUGCGCCCUGGGAACCUGCCAGGUUCAGAACCUCAGCCACCGGCUCUAUCAGCUGAUUGGCCAGAGCGGACGGGAAGACUCCUCCCCCAUUAACCCCCGGAGUCCGCAUAGUUACGGAUGAGCGACUGACAGAUACUUCUCCCUCUCUUCUCUGAAAACAUAAACACCCCAGCAAACUUCAAUAUAUAGACAUUUAUCUCUAUUUUACGUAUCACAGAUAGCCUUUGCAUUAGUAUUAGAUGUAGUCCACACCUUUUUUAGAUCCUGAAAUUACAAUUUCUGUACUUUUUGAAUGACAUUUGCCUUACUCCUCUGUACACCUCAAAAACACAUCAUGCUGUUUAAGAAGAAGGAAUCUGACAUGAAUGAAAGCCUCAUAGCCGACGCUUCCCACCACCAACCACCCCUGGGAACGAAUACCUGUCACCCAGAGAUCCUCUGGACAUUUGGGUCUCGUCAAAGUCUUUGUGUUUCUCCCGGCCUCCUGACUAGUCAAAGAGCUGCAAGGGGCUCAGUUUGACUUCCUAAUCCUGUUAAUGUAAGAAUAAAUGCUCCCGUCCACCAGUCUUUCUACUUAACACAAGCCAGCGCAACUGAACGUGUCUGUAUAAUGCCUAAUGACCUCCACAGCAGCAGUUAGCUCUGGCCCCAUUGAUCAAACACUUAAGCCUCUCAUGUGGAUUUCUACCAGGGCUAGGAUCAGAUCCCUGUCAGAGGGAAUAUAUUCCUGAAGACCCGUCAAAACGACCCGAUGAACUCUUUUACCCCACCCUAAACCCUGCCCCCUUAGAUCUGCCAGGACAAUUUGAGGGACCAUGUUUGACAUAUCUCGGGUAAUCCUCUAAUUUACAGACCACCAGCAACCAUUUGUGGGCAGACACAGACACUGACCUUACAGACACAGACACUGACCUUACAGACAAGAACCUACUGUAAGUCCUCUCUCAUCUGCAGCCAAUGAUGUUCCCGACAGAAGCGGUCUGUGGUUCUGUGAAGUAUAUGUUUCAACAGACCACAACCUUGACAGUGGCAUUCAGCCAUAAUAGUCAAGUUCAGCAGUGGCUGGAUGGAGUUCUGCUUCUGGACUCAUCUAGUAGAGACUGUUUAUAGAAAGGAAGAAGAGGGUAAACAUUUCAAUGACUCAGUUCCUAUACAAGAUGGAGGUUUUCAAUGUUUUUAUUAUGAAUCAUUGCGGAUCUAUUUCAGAGGUGGGAUCUAUUGGUUGUCUCUUGAACACAGUGAACACUCCUGCUGCUCUUAUCCCAGGGUCUGAGUGGGAAAUAUGAUCCCCUUCACGUGAUUCUUAAGUUCGCCCACUAAGUCUCGACUUUAUGUUUACGGCAAUUUAACCAAUCAGACCUAAUCUCUUUAGUUGUACCGCCGUGGUGGCGAGGCGUUACACAUCCUCUGCUGUAUUUAUAAACAAAAGAAACCUUGACCAUGCCUUGCCCAGGGGACCGUAUAACUACUACCUAAAGCAUCACAAGUUGCCAACCCAAACCCAAAAUCUGCCACUAAUAGUACUGCCUAGGAAUAUUUAGAGGCUUACUUUGCCAUUAUCAAUAAUAAUCCGGUCAGUUAUGAAUACUGAGAUCCUAAAAACGCUAGUAGUUUAGUGUGUAUACAACAAUACUUUACGUUGUAUGCUUGUAGUAUGUCAAAUGAGUCUAAAUUAGCACAGAGUCGACAGCAAAGUGCUCUACUGUUACAUUGUGGCUUUGUAAUGACAGACCACGGAUACCAAAAGUAAGGGAGCCAGAGUGCCACAUUUUAAAUCUGGAUACGAAAUACCAUAAAAAACGAAAUGCCCUGAGAUUCCCAUUUUCCCUUGUUAUAACUGUCUCUGAAAUGGUGGGCGGAUGCCCUCACUAGAAAUAACCAAAAACAACCUCAACUCAGCAUGCAUGCAAAAAAACUAGCCUAACCUUCAAAAGGUGCAGAGUGUGUCGACCUGAAAAAACGAGCAACAACGUCUUUAUGACAUCUUUAAUACCCAUAAUAAUCAUGCAGCCUGGCUCUUUGAAACACAUUCAAAUGUUUCAUAUUCUCAAUGUCAGAGGAUGAGAAUAAUUGAAAUAAUCCUCAACGUUCAGACUAUUUGUUUUCCAAUAACUUUGAUCCAAACUUGCUGAUGUUGCUAUUGUUGCUGUUAGAAACCAGGUCAGCCAUUAGCCAUACAUUCAUGUAUUUAUGACUAUGACUAUGUAACUAUUAGGUUUCUGUGUCAUAAUUAAACAGGCACAGGAGUACCCAAUAUUAGCUUAGAGUGUUUUAGGGUCCAAGUUUUUACUGUUUUGUUUUGACCACAGGGUUGCCUCAAUGAAAUCAUUCUAUAACUAAUUAAGUUAGUUGGGCAAGUGGUUUAAAUUCACCAAAUAUCUGACAAUACUUGACAGUCAUUUAGUUUUUUUUGUGAUCUACAUCAUAUUAUAGUGUGGUCUUAUAUUCCUCUAUCCAUAUCCCCCUUUCAUUUUGUUUGACUUAUUUUUGUCUUUUUGGACUGAAUCGUCUUAAUCAAAACUGGGGCUUUAUUUUAUUUUAGAGUUAGCUCAUUUAAUCGUGGAGUGAUUCUCUGUCUCACUCUCUCUAUCUCACCAUCUCUCCCUCUACCACUCUCUCAACUUCUAUCUCAGAUUAUGACCUACGCCAGGUCGCAGGUCACAAUCAGUGGUUCAUUGGUUCUUUAAGUCUAAUCUGUUCAAAGGCUUUGUGAAACACACAUGCCAUUGUCUCUGCUGUAACGGAGCUAAUCAAUGUCUCGUGACAGAUCAUUAAAAGGCUUUUCAAAUGCUAAGAACCUUGGUGAAUCUCUCGACUUCUUAACCACCACCGUCACAGGUGUGUGUUUGUGUCUGAACGGCCACAUAUAGAAUCAGGAACCAAUCUUGUAUUUGUUGGAUUUUUGUUGGAGCCAUUUAGUUUUUGCUCUACUUUUUCUUUGUGUUGUAAUUACACGUCAGUGUUGUGUCACUGGCGGGUCCGUAGCCUUUCCUAGAAGCAAAGCUGAGUGUUUUGUCUGGGUAAACUGCGUACCACCCGAUUAUUUACGACCUUUGACCACUAAUACCUCCCCUUGUGUGUUAAGAGAGACACUCUCCAUCAGUCUUACAUCAAAAGUAACGCUGCCAUCGCCUGCCAUUGUUAACUUAACCUAUGUUGUAAAGCGAUGCAGGAGAUUGUGUUGUGUGUUCACGUCUGUAUGUGAGUGUGUAUGUGACUGUAUGUGAGUGUGUAUGUGACUGUAUGUGAGUGUGUAUGUGACUGUAUGUGAGUGUGUAUGUGUAGGUACUUAUAGUAUAGUCAUCCUAGCCAGGGAUCUGACACAUCACAAUCCCAGUCUUUUUCCUCAUUCAAUAUUUAAUUAUACUUAAGGUCAGAAGCCUCUUUUAGGGUCACAGCAAACUGAGCAAAGCACUUUAAUGUUGUUAGUUCCUCACAACUUGAAUUUCAAACAUUGCAAUUCUAUUUUUAAUGACAGGUGAGAGUUAUUGUAUAUGUAGCAUUUGAUAAAGAUCUGUAUGAGUGGAGUGGAGUGAAGAUGAUAUCAUGCGCACUUGUGCAUAUUAUAUAUUAUUAGUGGUACUAUGUAAUGAAAGUAAUAUAUUUAAGUUAUCUUUGUAUGUUUAUAUAUGUAUGUCACCAAAGACACUAUUUAUCUCGUAUUUUCCAUGCUCCUAAAAGGUGACCUUUUGUUAGGAAAGAAAAAUAAAUCCCAAAUGUAGCUAAAUGUUCAUGUCAGACAAUGUCUUUCAUUCUCUGUAAAAAUAAAGAACUACACUGUAGUGAGAUAAA